AUGCGAGCAAUACGUCUUUUCCGACCAAUAACACUCAAAGACAUAAGACAAUAUAGCAAAUGUUCAUCAAAUCAUGCCAUUGAGUUCACAAAUGAAGACCUGGGCAAGCUGUACACAGUCGAAAAGCAAGAAUCAGUAGCUCUGAAGUUAACCGACACUUUACCACGCCCAUACUCUGCUCAACUCAACACUUUGAGGGAAUGUACAUGGUUAUGUCGAGCGCCGUUGGUCGAAGCCGUGCAUUGUUUGAAAGCAGUUCGACCGAGUUUCCCGUCGAUUCGAAUGGUUCUUUGGGGACAAAUGGGUACUGGAAAGACGAUGACGUUGAAUCAGCUGGUUCAUGUUGGACAUCAACAGAAAUGGGUUGUCUGGCAUGUGCCUAGAGGUAAGAAGGGUUUUAGUUGUUUUAUUGGUUUUUAGGGUUUUUCUGAAGCAAAGGAAGUGGAUAUGAGGGUGAAAAUAGAUAUAGGAUGUUAAACUCAAACUUUUUGGCUUUAAAAAGAUACAAAGAACUACAUUUCAGCUCUUAUUUCGACAAAAUUUAGCUAAAAUUCGUUUCAGUUUUGACCUGGACGCGUGUUAUUCGAGAUGUCCAAGUUAAUACGAUUAACAGAAGUCGAGUGGACACACCUACGCAUGCUGUGAACUUUUUGAACUUAUUUAAAAGUCAGAAUCAACAUAUUUGGCAAACUUUGGCUGUGAGUUAUGUUAUCUUACCUUGGUUCACUUUAAAAGUUUAAAAAACACGUUUUUGAACAAUUUAAUGGUAUGUAUAACAAGAAGAUAUUGAUGUUUUAAAGUGAUUUUGAUUAAGAAUUGUUUGACUUUUAAAUUACUUUUUUCAGUUUUGAGUCAAAACUAUGUUAUUCAUGACUUUUUUGGUUUUGUUUUUACUCUUUCAUUCAUACCUUUUGUAAUUUUAACCUUACCAAUCUUCAGGGCCUAAAAACUGAACGUCAGUACGACUGGUCGAAUGUAGAAAAAACGCCAGCUGGUUCGUCGUUGACUGAUGUCGUUGAGAUGGGCAUAUCAGCUCCGUUCUCGGCUUGUGAUUGUGUUGGAGUGUUAGGUCGAGAACUACGAAGACAUGCGACAGAAGGGAAGGUGAAGCUGUUGGUAGCUGUUGAUCAAGCCAACUCUUUAUAUGGUAAUCGUACGAUGAUCAAGAAGGCCGACUUUUCUAAGGUGGGUUGAGGUUUAUAUUGUUUUAGGUAGAUUUUUUUUUCUUUUUCGAGUUUUUGUUGUCUUAAAUUUAGUAUGUGUUAAUAUAAAUGCGUUUUAUAGUUUAUAAUGUAUAGUAAAUCGAGUUAUGAUGUUUAUCUGUUUUGUUAUAGAUUAGUUUUUAUGAGUUUUGUUGUUUUAGCUUUCCAAAACAAAAAAAUCCUAAAAUUUUACGAAAAAACUGCCAUUCUUAACUAAAACACUCAAUUUUCAGGCGAUGCCAGAAGAAGUUAGUCUAGUAGUUCACAUGCGCAAGUUCUUCGACAAAAACUGGACUAAUGGAGCGUGUGUUUUGGUGGCAGACAAAGCUGAAUUCAGUAAAAUCAAGGAAACCGAAGACUUUCCACUAAACACACCGUUGGAGUUGUUCAGAGAAGAAGGCUUCGAAGCCAUUGAUCCCUUUAUUCCAAUCGAAACAACUCACUACACCAAGGCCGAAGCCGACUCGCUUUACAACUACUACAAGGAAAUGCAGUGGAUUUCGUCGGCUAAUGGUAGGCAUGGGUAAUAUUGGGGGAGGGUUUGGAUUUUUAGGACUUAUAGCUGGUGUUAUGGAGUAUAUGAGUUUGCUGGUUUGGGUAGUAGGCUUGAUUACGAUUUUUUCUGUAGUAGGCUUACGAUUUCUGCCAAUAGGCUUAAGUAGAGACAUUUUUAGGGAAUGUGGUAACCUUUCUAGUUGUAGGCUUCUUAAGAAAAGUCAAGUAAGCGACAAAGGUUUAAGAAAAAUCAAUUAGUGGACAAAAGCUUAAGAACACCAAUUAAUAUACUUAUUUUUGACCAUUUUAGGUAGAACCGACUCCGGCAGAGACCAAAUGUACUACCUUAGCGGAUCCAACCCUUAUCUCUACGAACGGCUAUGCUCAUUCAACUAG